UCUUAUUACCUUCCGUAUACAUUCUUAUUAUUAUUUUUUUAUAAUUCACACUUCGUCAUAAUCAAAAGGUGCAACUGAGCUACGUUCGUUUGUUCCUAUCUUCUAGUCUCUCCAAAAACCACCAUCCAUUAAAAAAAAAAAAACUCUUAUCAAAUUUGUAAGAGUUUAGUUCUCUUUCAUUUACUUGUUUCUCAUUAAGAGAGUGUAGUAGAAACAAACAAAAGUAGCCAUGGGAAAAAAACUUGAUGCUUUACUAGGAAGAAACUUUAAGACUAGCAAAUUCAAGGCCACUGCAAAUCUAGCCAUUUCCAGGGUUACUGUACUCAAGAACCAACGUCAAGUACGAGGCUCGAUCGCGCGGUCCGAUGUGAUUCAGCUCUUAAACCUUGGUUACCAUGAAAGAGCUCUUCUUAGGGUUGAGCAAGUUAUCAAGGAACAAAAUAUGUUGGAUGUGUUUGACAUGGUAGAAGGCUAUUGUCUUUUGGCUAUUGAAAGAAUCAACCUUAUUCAACAAGAAAAAAUAUGUCCUGAGGAAUUGAAGGAGGCGAUAUCAAGCUUGAUUUAUGCAGCUUCAAGGUGUGGUGAAUUCCCAGAACUUAAAGAACUUCGAGCUAUUUUCAUGUCAAGAUUUGGGAAAGAAUUUGCAGCUCGUGCGGUUGAGUUAAGAAACAACUGUGGAGUAAAUACUAAGAUGAUACAAAAGCUGUCAACAAGGAUGCCUAGCUUAGAGCAAAGAACCAAAGUGCUGAAGGAAAUUGCUGCAGAGAAUAACAUUGUUUUGAAAAUUGAGGAAACGAUUUUGGAGAAUACAGAGGAGAAGAAAGUCACUGAGAAUAGGAAGGACCAGUCUGAAGGUCACAUACCAGUUUUACCUCAAGAUGUAGACCAUGUAGCUAGGAGAGAAUAUAAAGAUGUAGCAGAUGCAGCUCAAGAAGCUUUUGAAUCUGCUGCUUAUGCAGCAGCUGCUGCAAGAGCAGCUGUGGAACUCUCUCGGUCUGAAUCGCGUGAUCCAGAUGACCCUAAAAGUCCGAGUCAGAAGCCAAGGAAUGUAUCAGACGUUCAUGAGGAUUUAAUAGCUGAGUUUCGUACAGGAGAGGAGAAGAAUAAUGAGGGAGUGAAUGUUGGGGAUGGAGUAGAGAAAACACAGCCUAGUCAGAACUAUGGUUUUCACUCUGAAAACCAAUUCUCCGAUGAAGAUGAGGUGGAAGAACGCAAACAGAGGAAGUUUAAUGAACAGUUCAAGAGAUCAGUCUCUGCUUCAAGUUCUGAUUCAGCAGACGACAUUCUUGUUGAUGAGGUGAAAAGUCCCAGGCAUGGUGUAAUUUUUGAUGAAAUCGAUGAAGAAGUUGGAGAGGAAAACAGAAUUCCGUCAUUAAAAUGUCCUAAGAAUGAAGUUUUUGGUUCUCCAAUGCACCAAGCAGGAAAUGAGAAGGAGAUUGAAGGAUUCACAAAGCAAGGUGCAGUAUACCUAGACAUAAGUAAGAAGCCAAUAUCAAUGAGAACUAGAAAGAACUUUCACUGGUGACCAAAGAACGGAUAAAUGUUUAAUGAAAAGGAGAUUGAAGGAUUCACAAAUCAAGGUGCAGAAAACCUAUACAUAAAUAAGAAGCUAACAUCAGUGAGAACUAGAAAGAACUAUCACUAAUAACCAAGGACGGAUAAAUGGUUGCUGAGAUUUUGCCAGUUGGUGCAUAUAUAAUGUGCUUUGUCAAUAUAUCAUAGUUCCAUAUUUUCUUUUAUCUUUGGAGAUUUUGUAAAUUUGAGGAUAUAUUUUGUGCUUUGUCAAUAAACUGUAGCUUCAUAUUUUGUAUGCUGCUAUUGCUAUGAACCUAUACAAUUUUCAGUUGUCUUUUGAA